CUACCCCACCCUGCUUCCCAGGGGCUAACCCUCUCCCCUCUCUCCUGUUUUUCUUGCUCUUCGCAGAAUGUCCCGGUUCGGAGACAAUGUUCCCGCCAUGUUGGGCUCCGGGGAUGGGGGCUCCAAGCGCAACAGGACCCGGGAGGGAGCGCCUGUAUCUACAGGUGGUGGAGUUUCCCCAGCCUUUAAACAGACCAAAGCGCAGAGAGCUCGCACCAUGGCCCUGUACAACCCCAUCCCUGUCAGACAGAACUGUUUCACCGUCAAUAGAUCACUCUUCAUUUUCGGGGAGGACAACAUUGUUCGGAAGUACGCAAAGAAGGUCAUAGAGUGGCCUCCGUUUGAGUACAUGAUCCUCGCCACCAUCAUCGCCAACUGUAUCGUCCUGGCCCUGGAGCAGCACCUGCCUGGAGAGGACAAGACCCCCAUGUCUAAGAGACUGGAAAAGACAGAGCCUUACUUCAUUGGCAUGUUCUGCUUUGAAGCUGGGAUUAAAGUGGUGGCAUUGGGAUUUGUAUUCCAUAAAGGCUCCUACCUGAGAAAUGGCUGGAACGUCAUGGAUUUCAUUGUGGUUCUGAGUGGGAUUCUGGCCACAGCGGGAGCUCACAUGAACAUCCCAGUGGACCUGCGGACCCUGAGGGCCGUCCGUGUGCUCAGACCCCUCAAACUGGUCUCUGGAAUCCCCAGCCUGCAGAUAGUCCUGAAAUCUAUCAUGAAAGCCAUGGUGCCGCUGCUCCAGAUUGGCCUGUUGCUCUUCUUCGCCAUUCUCAUGUUUGCCAUCAUCGGCCUGGAGUUCUACAGCGGGAAGCUCCACAGCACCUGCUUUAAUGAUGACACUAAUGAGACGGUGGACAAGUCUGAGUCAGAGUUCCCGUGUGGGGUGAGGAAGUGCCCUGACAAGUACACCUGCCAUGACACCUGGAUCGGCCCCAACGACGGCAUCACCCAGUUCGACAACAUCCUGUUUGCUGUGCUCACUGUCUUCCAGUGCAUCACCAUGGAGGGCUGGACCACCGUGCUCUACAACACCAAUGAUGCUUUAGGCCCCACUUGGAACUGCAUGUACUUCAUCCCUCUGAUAAUCAUUGGCUCCUUCUUCGUGUUGAACCUGGUAUUGGGAGUGCUCUCAGGAGAGUUUGCCAAAGAGAGGGAGCGGGUUGAGAACCGCAGGGCGUUCAUGAAGCUGCGGAGGCAACAGCAGAUUGAGAGGGAACUCAAUGGCUACCGGGCCUGGAUUGACAAAGCAGAGGAGGUGAUGCUUGCAGAGGAUAAUAAGAAUUCAGGACCGUCUGCUCUUGAUGUGCUGAAGAGGGCCACAAUCAAGAGGAGAGAGGAGAGGAGAGGACUGGACCAGCAGUAUGGUGACAUCUCUUCUGUGGGCAUCCCGAUGACCAGAGCCAGCAUCAGGAGUGCUAAGAGAGGACCCACCGCUUAUUUGAAGCGCAAGGAGCGUCUGCUGCGGAUCUCUCUCCGGCGCAUGGUGAAGACACACAUCUUCUACUGGACCGUACUGGGCCUGGUGGCCCUCAACACACUCUGUGUUGCCAUCGUCCAUCACAACCAACCCCACUGGCUGUCUGUGUUCCUCUACUAUGCAGAGUUCCUCUUUCUGGGUCUGUUUCUCACUGAAAUGUGUUUAAAGAUGUACAGCCUGGGACCCAGACUCUACUUCCACUCCGCCUUCAAUCGCUUCGACUGCGGGGUGAUAGUGGGAAGCAUCUUUGAGGUGAUGUGGGGCUUCUUCAGGCCUGGCAUGUCCUUUGGCAUCAGUGUGCUGCGUGCGCUCCGUCUGCUGAGGAUAUUCAAGAUCACCAAGUACUGGGCGUCGCUGAGGAACCUGGUGGUAUCCCUGAUGAAUUCUAUGAAAUCAAUCAUCAGCCUCAUUUUCCUCCUCUUCCUCUUCAUCCUGGUCUUUGCUCUGCUGGGCAUGCAGCUCUUUGGUGGCAGGUUCAUCUUUGAAGACUACACUCCUACAAACUUUGAUACUUUUCCUGCAGCCAUCAUGACUGUAUUUCAGAUUCUGACAGGAGAAGACUGGAAUGAGGUGAUGUACAAUGGGAUCCGCUCCCAAGGAGGAGUGAAGUCAGGAAUGUGGUCCUCCGUAUACUUCAUUGUACUCACACUCUUUGGUAACUACACGCUGUUGAAUGUUUUCUUGGCCAUCGCUGUGGACAAUCUGGCCAAUGCUCAGGAACUAACCAAGGAUGAAGAGGACGAAGAGGCUGCUUUCAAUCAGAAACAUGCUCUCCAGAAAGCCAAGGAAGUAGGGGCCAUGUCUUCCCUGAUGUCAUCAGACAGGAGGAGGAGACCCUACCUGUAUAGGAAAAGAGCGAUACACAGGAGCCGGCCUGCCUACUCUCUGGAGGAGGCUGAGAGCCUCGCCGAGGGGCCCCCAUGCCCGCCACUGAAUUCCUCUAACUCUUUCAUGUCCAGGAGGGAGAGGAGUAGACGGAUGACCAUGUCUGUGUGGGAGCAGAGAACCAGCCAACUGCGCAGGCACCGGCAGAUGUCCAGCCGAGAGAUCCUCUUCAGCAACCCCAGUGAGGAGCAGGAAGCGCCCCCUGGCUGUCCCCACCACCUCAAAGCAACAGGCACACCCACAGGCAGCCUGAAGCUGGCUGAUCCCACAGCUGACCCUAAGGACUUCACAGCUAAGGCCCCAAAGCCCAUGGAGAUGCCCCUAGAGGAACCAGCCCUGUCCAUGGGUGUCCCUGAGCCCCACUUAUCCAGCCCUUUACCAGAGCCACCCGAUCCCACUGACACGCCCCUGCCUGACCCCCCCACGUCCACAGCUGUGUUCAUACCGGAGCCUACAGAAUCUGAGCCAUGCCCAGAGGGUAAGCGUGGCAUCCCCAACCACUGCCACCAAGGCUUCAAUGACCGCAGGAGCCCCUGGUUGAAUGGGGAGAGAAGGCAGAGAGCGGUGCGUAAGUUCCGCCCUCCUGCUGGUGACACCCUGACCACUGACAUGGAAGGCAUGAGGCUCAGGAGGCCACAGGGCACAGGGCACUGUGAGGCUCAGGCUGGGGCCAGAGGCCUGGACUCACCUCAGGCGGAGGGCAGCAGUCGCUCUGUCAGCAUGGAGAGGAAGACCCCAGAGGACCCAGUGGAGGAGGUGAGGAAAGACGGUAACAAGGGAGAAACCAGCCAACCUUCCAAGACCAGGGAGGCUGAACACAGACAGAGGGACCAUGAUCAGACUGGGGGUCCUGAGCUGCAGAACAGGGAGGGGGGUCUGCAGUCAGAUCCACCCACCCUGCAGCCAUCUCAGGCUGCAGUUCUGGCGCUACCAGAGGGCCCCACAGGAGACAGUGAGACCGAUAGCAAUGCCACCACUCUGAAGCAGUCCCCUCUGAGUUCCAGUAUCGUCAUCGAGGUUACCGAUGUCCAGUUGUCACUAGAGCUCACCCCCAUCACAGGCAACAGUAAAGAUGUGGAGGCGUCCAAGCCUGAGAAGGACGAGGAAGAGGUGGCCAACCCAGUCAAUACUGUCACACCUGACAGUAUGUUCAUCUUCAAACCUGACAACCCGAUCCGCCGGGCCUGUCACUAUGUGGUGAACCUGCGUUACUUUGAGAUGUGCAUCCUGCUGGUGAUCGCUGCCAGCAGUAUCGCCCUCGCUGCAGAGGACCCCGUUUCAGCCACCUCCGACUGGAACAAAGUUUUGCGUUACUUUGACUACGUGUUCACAGGUGUCUUUACCUUUGAAAUGAUAAUAAAGAUGAUAGACCAGGGCUUGAUUCUCCAUGACGGCUCCUACUUCCGGGACCUGUGGAACAUUCUAGACUUUAUCGUGGUGGUCGGAGCUCUGGUUGCCUUCGCCCUCACGAAUGUGCUGGGAAAUAAUAAAGGACGGGACAUCAAAACCAUCAAGUCUCUUCGGGUGCUGCGCGUCCUGAGGCCCCUGAAGACCAUCAAGAGACUACCAAAACUCAAGGCAGUGUUUGACUGUGUGGUGACCUCUCUGAAGAACGUCUUCAACAUCCUCAUCGUCUACAAGCUCUUCAUGUUCAUUUUUGCUGUCAUCGCUGUGCAGCUGUUCAAGGGGAAGUUCUUCUACUGCACUGACGGAUCCAAAGACACAGAGAAGGACUGCCAGGGCUUCUACAUCAACUAUGAGAAAGACAAGCAGGAGGUGAAGAGGAGGGAGUGGAGGAGACAUGACUUUCACUAUGACAAUAUAGUCUGGGCCCUGCUCACUCUGUUCACCGUCUCCACUGGGGAAGGCUGGCCACAGGUCCUGCAGCACUCUGUGGAUGUGACCGAGGAGGACAGAGGACCCAGCCAGGGCAACAGGAUGGAGAUGUCCAUCUUCUAUGUCAUCUACUUUGUGGUCUUCCCCUUCUUUUUCGUCAACAUAUUUGUGGCUCUCAUCAUCAUCACCUUCCAGGAGCAGGGAGACAAGAUGAUGGAGGAGUGCAGCUUGGAGAAGAAUGAGAGGGCUUGCAUUGACUUUGCCAUAAGUGCCAAACCCCUGACCCGCUACAUGCCUCAGAACAGACAAACGUUCCAGUACCGCCUCUGGCACUUUGUGGUCUCCCCCUCCUUUGAGUACACCGUGCUGGCCAUGAUUGCACUCAACACCAUUGUCCUGAUGAUGAAGUAUUACUCAGCCCCACCAGUGUACGAGGCUGUGCUGAAACACCUGAACACAGCCUUCACUGUGCUCUUCUCUGUGGAGUGUGUCCUCAAGAUCAUGGCAUUUGGCUUUCUGAACUACUUUCGAGACACUUGGAAUAUAUUUGACUUCAUCACGGUGUUGGGCAGCAUCACAGAAAUAGUGGUGGACCUGCAGUCAAUUGAGACCUUCAACAUGGGUUUCCUGAAGCUGUUCCGAGCUGCUCGACUGAUCAAGCUGUUGAGGCAGGGUUACACCAUCCGCAUCCUGCUCUGGACCUUUGUCCAGUCCUUUAAGGCUCUCCCCUACGUCUGUCUGCUCAUUGCCAUGCUCUUCUUCAUAUAUGCAAUCAUCGGAAUGCAGGUUUUUGGAAACAUCAGACUGGAUGAGGAGACUCACAUCAACCAACACAACAACUUCAAGACCUUCUUUGGUGCUCUGAUGUUGCUAUUCAGGAGUGCCACGGGGGAGUCGUGGCAGGAGAUCAUGCUGUCAUGUUUAGGGGGGCAGAAGUGUGAGCCAGACCCCUUAGCUCUAACGUCAGACCACGAGGAGCGCUGUGGAACUGAGUUUGCCUACUUCUACUUUGUUUCCUUCAUCUUCUUCAGCUCAUUUCUGAUGCUGAAUCUGUUUGUGGCUGUGAUCAUGGACAACUUUGAGUACCUCACCCGGGAUUCUUCCAUCUUGGGGCCUCAUCAUCUGGAUGAGUUUGUUCGUAUCUGGGGUGAAUACGACCGAGCUGCUUGUGGAAGGAUUCACUAUAAGGAGAUGUACACAGUAGUACGCACUAUUUCACCUCCCCUGGGCUUUGGAAAGAACUGCCCCUACACCGUGGCCUGCAAGAGGCUGGUGCUGAUGAACAUGCCCGUGGAUGAGGAGAUGUCUGUUCACUUCACCUCCACCCUCAUGGCCCUGAUCCGAACUGCCCUGGAGGUCAAGAUAGCCAGAGGAGGGGAGGACAGGGGGCAGAUGGAUUCAGACCUACAGAAGGAGAUCAGUAUCAUCUGGCCACACCUUUCUCAGAAGACGCUAGACCUGCUCGUCCCCAUCCACAAAGCCAAUCAUAUGACCAUUGGGAAGAUCUACGCAGCUAUGAUGAUCAUGGACUACUACAAGCAGAGCAAAGCCAAGAAGCUCAGGCAACAGCUGGAGGAGCAGAAACACGCUCCCAUGUUCCAGCGUAUGGACGCGUCCUCUCUGCCUCAGGACAUCCUUUGCAGUGCCAAAGCCCUCCCCUUUCUGACCCACAGCGCUGGAUCUGCCCUGACCAGAGGAGGAUUUGUGGCCUUGAGUCACAUCUCCCCCCAGGAGAUGUUCAUGCAGCCCAUGUCCCAGGACCUUGAGGAUAAAGAGGAGGACUACCACCACUAUCACCACCACCACCACCAGCUCCACACUCUGGUUGGGACGGACAGCAGCAAAUUGAUGAAACGCUCCUUCUCCACUAUUGGUGAUCAGUGUGUAAAUGGGCUGUGGCAGGAGGAGUACUCUCUGGAGAGGGUCAGUUCUGACCGUCUGUAUAGACCACGACAGAGGAGCAUCAGAGGCAUCAGGUCCAACCUCAGGGAACCAGUGGAUCAAGAGCGGGGGCGCUCCAAAGAGAGGCGCCACCUGCUGUCUCCCGACGUGUCCCGCUGCAACUCUGAGGAGCGGGGCCAGGACCCGUCACAGGAACGCAAGCAGUCCUGCUCCCCCAGCGAGGGACACGCACAUGUCCACCAUAGACAGGGCAACACUUCAGGCAGCCCAGGCCCGUCUAACUCUGAGUCCAGCACCCCCAGUGGCCGUCGGCAGCUCCCCCAGACGCCAUCGCGGCCACGCCCUCACAUCUCCUACUCCCCCCUGAUAUGCAGAGCCCACCACUCCCCCCCUGCUGUCAGCAAGGGCAGAGCCCAGACCCCGGAGGCCCCUGGAGAGACGGAGGAGCCCUUGUGGGGGAAGGAAGGGGAGAGGCCAGCCCAGGUGGCAGGAGGAGGAUCGGGGGUGGGGGUGGUAGUAGGGGUGAGUGACCCAGGGUUAGGGGUCAGUCACCCACAUCCCUCCCCUCACCGGUACAUCUCGGAGCCAUACCUGCCCCUGCACGAGGAGUUCCACAGCCCAGACUCCUCAGGCCUGGAGGAGACUCUGACCUUCGAGGUGGCCAUUGCAACCAGUCUGGGUCGGGCCAACACCAUCAGCUCUGCCCCCCAGCUCAGACACAACUGGCAGGUCCCCAACGGACACUUCCAUAAACGCCUGGGUCAGGCCAGCUCUGUGGCCGCCUGCGAGCUCCUGUGUGACACCGACGAGGAUGACCGCUGUUAGGGCCGGGACUGGGAGAGGAAGAGGAGGAAGAUGGACAGCAAAACUGGGUACCAGAGAGACAGGGUGUCCUCAGUCUGAAGUACACUGUCAGGGCGUGUACUGAGUGUGCAUCUGUCUGUGUGUGUGUGUGUGUGUGUAGGAGUGCAAUAUGUUUGCCAAAUCAAUAAGACAGGGAAGAUAUGGGAAGUGCACUGCUGACGUACAGUGCAAAAGUUCACCAGUUGCAUUUUGAUUGUUGUUUGAACAAAGUCGAAUAACUGGGGAGAAUGUAUCCUCACUGCUUAGACCUAUGAAAAAUAAUAAGUAUUCAAGUACAGUAUGUAGCUGAAAAUAGCAUGUAAGACUGAAGUAGCAGGAAUGUAUUAAAAUUGUUCUCUUUUCCUCAUGUAAGAUAAGAAGAAAGCUCUCAAUUGUUAGAUCUUUGUGGAUCAUGAAACAGUGAUUGGUGUGUAGGGAUCCGAAGCAGACAUUGGCUGUCACAACAGACACUGCUUUAAAACAACCCAGCUAGCACAUUUGGUUGCUUGGAAAUUGUGGCAACGAAUGUUCUUGGUCCUGGCAACGAAGCCAUAAGUUUCUUCAGCAGUAAAAUGCAACGUUUUUUUUAAACAUUCUGAGAAUGGAAGUGAAAAUACUGUCUCUUCUGGGAAAGUACAUUUUUAGGUUGCAGAGAGGAUCUGAGAACAUUUUACUAUGGUUACCUGAAAGUUUUAUUAACGUUCUGAGAACGUAAAUUAUAGGUAGUUUUACUGUUUUGAACUCCAAGCACAGAUAGGACAUUCAUGAGGCAUUAAUCAUGCAAACACAUUUCUUUUUUAUUGUGGCACAGCGCCAGUGAGAUUCAAACCUAUAAUCCUCUGUUUUCUAUUCAUGGAAUUAGUCCACUGUGCCACCAGGAUGCAGUUAGCAUGCCAUGUUGUUUUUAAACUCAUACAAAGCUGUUAAUUUUAGUCUAUUCAAAAUACCCUAUUUCAAAAGAAACAAGCACUUAUUAAGAUCAGAUGUGGCUCAUUAGUGGUCAUGGUCAACACACCUGAUCACACUUAAGAGUAUAGAGAGAGUUUUAUUGAUGCUGUGAACAGAAUGUACAGUAAAAGGUUUGGACAUA